AUAUAAUAACAUAAGUUUUUUUUCUCUCUUAAAAUUUUAAUUAAUUAAGGAAUAACGAUGGAAGGACACACUAGAAAUUUUACUGAAAUUAAGUCUGCAAAAUUCGACGAUGAGAAUUUAGAGACAUUGACAUCCAUAGAGCAAAUAAAAGUUGAGAAUUUGGUCGAGAAAUGUUUUGAUAGAAUUGAACAGCUGUCGAGCAUGGAUAAUACAUUGCCAUACUUUUAUCGCAAGGAACACAUUCGUUUCUUGGAACGCUGUUUACGAUUUCUAUCAACUGGAUAUGAAUGUCUUGAUGCUUCAAGAACUUGGCUUGUUUACUGGAUCUUACAAUCUGCUCACUGCUUGAACUUUAAGUUCUCCUAUGAAGUUCUUGGUGAUGUCAUUCACUUUCUCAAGAAAUGUCGCUGUCCUUCAGGUGGAUUUGCAGGUGGACCAAGUCAAUUGCCUCAUUUAGCACCCACUUAUGCUGCAGUAUUAAGCUUAUGCUUAAUCGAGACUGACGAAGCACUCGAAGCCAUUGAUCCGGAAGGAAUCAAGAAGUUCCUGUGGAGCGUACGAGAAGAGAAUGGAGCAUUUCGAAUGCAUGUUGACGGAGAAAUUGAUGUUCGUGGCGCUUAUUGUGCAAUAACUGUUGGUCGAUUGAGUGGAAUUAGUCCACAAAAUAAAUUAUUUGAAGGAACUGCAAACUGGAUCGCUAAAUGCCAAACUUAUGAAGGAGGAUUUGGUGGAUCUCCUAAUUUGGAAGCUCACGGUGGCUAUUCAUUUUGUGGUGCUGCAGCAUUAGCUUUAUUAAAUGAUGUUUCGACUGUUAAUUUAAAGUCUCUUUUGAGAUGGGCUGUAUACCGACAAAUGAGAUAUGAGGGUGGAUUUCAAGGACGUACAAAUAAGCUUGUUGAUGGAUGUUACUCAUUUUGGAUGGGCUCUUUAGUUCACGUUAUUCAAAUGUUGAUUGAAAAGAAUUCAUGCCAUGAUGGAUAUACGAUUAAUAUUGACGAAUUGAUGUUUCAUCGAGAAGCUUUACAAGAAUAUAUAUUGAUUUGUUGCCAAAAACCACAUGGUGGUUUAAUUGAUAAACCAGGAAAGCCUGAAGAUUUAUAUCAUACAUGCUAUACACUUAGUGGGCUAUCAAUUGCUCAAAAUUUUAACUCAACUAAGCAGCCCAUUGUAAUUGGAAAUCCCGAUAAUGAAGUUUUGCCUACACAUCCUUUAUAUAAUAUUGCACCAAAAGCCGUUAUGAAGGCAUACUUUUACGCUCAACAACAUCCAAUCGAGUCUGAAGAAGAUCUCGUUGGAUGCACCAAAAAUCAACAUAAUGAUGAACAAAAUCCAGCGAAUGGACAAAAAGAGAAUGAAGGAAAUGCAGAUCAAUAGUCAUUUUGUACCAAUUUUAUAAUCAUGAUUUACUAAAACAAUUUAAUAAAAUAAAAAAAACUUUAAUUAAAGAUUCCCCAAAAAAGAAAUAAGAAGUAACAUAUGGCGCGAAAUUCCUUAACGU